AAAAAAAUCAGUUUUCAACAUGCUUUUGUUGAUUGCUGUUAACACGGUUCUUCUUGUACAGUAUGUACAUGGUGCAGUACAUGUUCAUGACGGUGUUCCAGUACGCUCUGUACCAGGUGUACUGCAGGCUGAUGGAUUAGUGCACUGGUCUAACGGUCUACUAGAUGUUGCAAGAACCCCGAAUGAUGAUCUGGUGGAAGGAGGUGAUAUAACUCUAGCCUGCAUCUUACCCCAGCAGUAUAUCAAUUGCAGGUUCACAUCUCCUCUUGGUGAAGUCUACUAUGUGGAUGAGAACAGUGUCACUGAUGGAAAUGGAAAUGAUGUGCCUAACGUUUACCCAUGGGCGGGAAAUGAUGGAGUGCGCAGUUGUGGAAUUGUUGCCACAUUUAAUUCCAGCGAGGAGAACUGGAAAUGUUCAUUAGGACCUGGCCCAACGUACAUAAAUGGAUAUAUCUCAACAGCAGAGGAAGUAACUACUGGCCUCCGACUUCCAACUGAUGUUACCCCACUGAGUUACGAUCUGUUUCUGGAGGCAAGUGACUCUACCUUUGAUGAUAAUGGGGACGCUCCAAUAUACUUUGAUGGUUUGGUUGAAAUUGAAAUAGUCAGCACAACCUCUAAACCUUGUAUCCAACUUCAUGCUGAUGAGAUGACAGUGCUGGAUGUUUUAGUGCUUCUUGAAGGAACAGAAUUGCCAUUGACAGAGAUUGGAAUGGAUUUCCAAAGAACAUUUUUUGAAGUAUGUGUUGAGAAUGGAUUCACUGCAGAUCUCACUUACAAGUUGAUCCUGAUUUUUGAAGUGGAUACUCUGAGAACUAGUUACUAUCAGUAUGGGUUCUACUAUAAACCAUGCACUGCAGAUAAUCUCAGAGACAGUAAAGUUUGUUGGUUCACUCAGGGCGAGGCAACUAAUGCAAGAAAUAUAUUUCCCUGCUUUGAUGAACCAGCUUUGAAGGCAAAUAUCCGAGUACAAGUGGUUCGUCUGGAUGGAUACAGCACUUUGUCUAAUAUGCCACUCAUAACAUCAGUUGAUGAAGAUGGAAUGAUCAUUGAUGUAUUCCAGAACUCUGAGAAGAUGUCUGUUUACCUGUUCGCCUUGGCAAUCACUGAUUUUGUGAGCACAAAUAUUACCCAGGAUGUUGCUGUCUGGAGUUCAUUAGAGGAUAAACUGGAAGGAAGAGCUGAUUAUUCAGCAGAUAUAGGUCCUAGGGUUCUUGAUUUCUAUGGUGAAUAUUUCGGUGUUGAAUACUCUCUACCAAAGAUGGACUUAGUUGUUGAAGAACAGAAAGAUCUGGUUGCCAUGGAGAAUUGGGGAUUAAAUUUAUAUGAUCCAUCAGCCUUACUUGUUCAUCCAGAUCAAGUGAAGCCUGGACUUUCGGAAGAAAGAUGGUUGGUUUCUUCUGUAGUUGCUCAUGAGCUGGCUCAUCAAUGGUUUGGAAAUCUAGUAACUCUUGAUUGGUGGGAACAAAUGUGGUUAAAUGAAGGGUUUGCAACGUAUGUUUCCUACCUUGCAGCUGAGGAUAUUGAUCCUGAUAAUCUACCCUGGGGUCGUCUUCUUGUAGAGGAAACAUUCAGGGUUCUGCGAUCUGAUUCUGAUACAACAUUACACUGGGCUAUGACUGAUCCUGUGACGAGCAGAGAUGAUAUUGAACGCAAGUUUGGACAGUUUACUUAUCAGAAGGGUGGGAGUGUUAUCAGAAUGAUGGAAGGGAUUCUUGGAAAAGAAGUUUUAACAAUGGGCCUAAGUAGUUACCUGAAGGCAAAUGCUUAUGGUUCCACAACAGAGGAUGACCUAUUCAGCCAUCUUGAAUCAGCUGGAGUUUCAGCUGGCGUCUGGCCAGGAACCUAUCAGGGAUCUGGAACUUUCGGUGACAUCAUGAAAUCAUGGACAAAUCAGGCUGGAUAUCCUCUUGUAACAGCAGUUACAGAAUGUCCAGAAGGCUUGGAUGGCUCAUGCCAGUUAAGGCUCAGUCAAGAGUGGUUUGUCACUAAAGGAGAUACAAACGGUGAAAAAAG